CCUUCCACAGUUCCAGAUAAGUCAGGGUUUCUUUGUCUUAGAAAAACACAAACGAAUUACUAUGGAAGACAUCAUAUCUUCAUCUUCUUCUUCUCCACUUCUCUGCCAAGAACCACCACCAUCUACACUCCAAAACCGCCUCCAAUUUAUCCUCCAAAGCCGCCGUGAGUGGUGGAAUUAUGCCAUUUUCUGGCAAGCGACGAAGGAUGCCGACGGCCGCUUCGUCCUCUCCUGGGGGGACGGUCACUACCAAGGCACCAAGUCCGCCGCCAAUGUGACUGUAACCCACGGCCAUACACCUCAAAACAGCAUUCCCAACAUUGAGAAGAGCAAGCUUGCAUUGGGAAUUGAGGUUCUGUUCGGGGAGAGCUGCGGUGGAGACGUAACUGAGUCGGAGUGGUUCUACAUGGCCUCAGUCACCAAGACGUUUGAAGCUGCCGAUGAUCUCGUUUUCCGGGCUUUCAGCACCGCCUCCAACGUCUGGUUGGCGGGCCAUCAAGAACUGCAGUUUUCUGACUGCGAAAGGACUAAAGAAGCUCAGCUGCAUGGAAUCACGACGCUGGUUUGGGUGCCAACUUCUUUUGGAGUUGUUGAAUUAGGCUCUUCGGAUUUGAUCAAGGAAGACUGGGGGCUCAUGCAGCUGAUUGGUAAGUCGUUGCUGAAUGCCAAUUACGGUACAAAUUAUGAUCCUGAUCAAGCUCAAAUCUCACUAUCAUCUCAGAGCCCCUCCUCAUUCAACAUCUUCAGUACCCAUAACAUUAAUCAUUAUGGAGAUGAAAAGAAAGUUUUGGCCAAUAAUAUUAAUGGGAAGUCAUCACCGGACUCGGGGAAUUCUGAUGUUUCAGGGAACCCCUUUGGCCCCGAUCACUCCACAAUCAAAACUCUGCCAUCAAGAAAACGUGCCAGAAAUUCAGAAAACGUGGGAAGAAACCAACUAAUGACGCCCGCGAAUCACGUAGAGGCCGAGAGGCAGCGAAGGGAGAAGCUCAACCAACGAUUCUACGCUCUGAGAAGCAUCGUCCCGAAUGUUUCAAGAAUGGACAAAGCCUCUCUACUUGCAGAUGCUGUCACAUACAUUAAAGAACUCAAGGCUAAGAUCAGCGGUUUAGAGGCCAAAUGCCGUGUUGAAUCCCUGAAACAAGAGCCAAGAACAGGUUUGUUGGAAAUGUACGAUACUAAAAGCACGUUUUCAACUGUGGAUUUCACAAGGUCAGCCUCUGGUUGUGUGAUCAUGGAUGUUGAGGUCAAGAUUUUAGGAUCAGAAGCGAUGAUUCGGGUUCAAUCCCCGGACGUGAAUUAUCCAUGCGCCAGGCUAAUGAAUGUGCUGGGAGAUUUGGAGUUUCAAAUUAGUCAUGCCAGUGUGUCCAGUGUUAGGGAUGUGAUGUUCCAAGAUGUUAUAAUCAGGGUUCCUGAUGGACUUCCGAGUGAGGAGGCUCUAAAGACUGCUAUUCUCAGGAAAAUGAGAGUCUGAUGGUUUUCUAGCUAUUCCCAUAGGAGUUGGACCCUUUGUUUACAGUAGUUGCAUGAAUCAGAUCAGCUUUUACUGCUAAUGCUUAAUAACAUUUAAAUUCAGAUGAUGCUAA